AGGAACUCUUUAGGAAAUGGCCUCUUCUAAAUCCUUAUUGAAUUUUCUGACCUUUACUUUUGGAUCAGCAAUUGGAUUUUUCUUGUGUUACCUGCUGUUUAGUGUAGUAUUGGAAGAACAAGUUAAAGUUGAGCCUCAUAUCCUUUACAACGAUCCUCAUGGCCAUCACUCAGAUGAUGAUGAAAGGAAUCAGCUAAAAGGGCAAAUGAAUUUUAAUGCCGAUGCUGGGCAACAUAAAGAUGAAAAUAAAAAUAUUGCUGAAGAACUGUACCAGAAGGUAAGGAUACUUUGUUGGGUGAUGACUGGACCUCAAAAUCUGGAAACAAAGGCCAAACAUGUCAAAGCUACUUGGGCUCAGCAUUGCAACAGAAUACUGUUUAUGAGCUCUGAGGAAGAUAAAGACUUCCCAACAGUGGGGUUGGAAACCAAAGAAGGCAGGGAUCCGUUGUACUGGAAAACCAUUAAAGCUUUUCAGUAUGUACAUGAUCACUAUCUUGAUGAAGCAGACUGGUUCAUGAAGGCAGAUGAUGACACAUACGUUGCACUGGACAACUUGAGAUGGCUUCUUUCAAAAUACAGCCCUGAACAACCAAUUUAUUUUGGAAGAAAGUUUAAGCCUUUUGUAAAACAGGGCUACAUGAGUGGAGGUGCCGGCUAUGUGCUCAGCAGAGCAGCUCUGAAGAGAUUUGUGGAUGCUUUUAAAAACAACAAAUGUACUCAUAGCUCUUCCAUUGAAGACUUGGCAUUAGGCAAAUGCAUGGAGAGUAUUAAUGUAGAAGCUGGAGAUUCCAGGGAUCCAACUGGCAAGGAGACUUUCCAUCCAUUUGUGCCAGAACAUCACUUAGUGAAAGGAUACCUACCUAGAACUUUUUGGUACUGGAAUUAUAACUAUUAUCCUCCUGUAGAGGGUCCUGGCUGCUGCUCUGACCUGGCAGUCUCUUUUCACUAUGUUGAUGCCACCACUAUGUAUCAGUUGGAAUAUUUAAUUUAUCAUCUGAGUCCUUAUGGUUACCAAUUCAGAUACAAUCCUGAUUCUCCUAAGGAUCAAGAAAAGAAAAACUUAAGUGAUGCAGCAACGGGUGAUGUGAAAUCAAAAGGUGAAGUGGACAAGCCUCUGAAAGCCUCUAAAUAAAAUGUUUGGUAGUGCACUGAAGACUCCUUAUGGAAUGCUGAACUAAUACAUUUAGCUUACAAUGGCUAGAUGGAUUUGCUAAAUAAUUAUAAAGUGUUCCUUCAAGUGGCCAUAGCCAGCAGGUGCUUCUUUAAUCAUGCUGGAAGCAAGAACAUUUCACGUGCCAUGGAACUGCAAAGCCAAGUUCAUAAAGCUUAGUAGUAAGCAAUCAAAUCUCCUUACUUUUGAUUCAAUAAUGUAUGGACACAAACUUUAUAUUGAAAUAAAUAUCUGUUGUCCAGAUUCACCCAUGAUAUGCAGUAUUUUAGCUGUUUUUAUCAAACAAUGCUUUGUGUUAAUUCUUUGAUACCUUCAAUUAGUUACAUCAGAUACUGAUGGGUUCUUUGCUAACGAGAUUCAAGUGUGAAGUAUUUAAUCAAAAUCCUGACAGUCAACAGUCAAGAAAUAUGCCAAAGUUCAACAUUUCGUUCUAAUAUUGAAAUGUUGGUGAAUAUGUUUGUUUUUAGUUUCAUAUAUUGCAGGGCUGAGUUGUGUUUGAGCUGUGGCUGAAGGUUAGGUGGAAACUUGGAUGAACAUCUUGAGCUCAUUAUCAGAAUAAGCACAGUUUCGCUAGGUGAACUAAUUAAAUAUAUCCAAAUAUAUUUAUUAUGCUUCAUCUGGAAAGUUGAUUACUAUGAGAAUUACUGUGCUUCUACUAGAGGAAGUAGUAAACUGUGCAUAGCCCCAUGUUAAUCCUGGUUUAAUGUUGACUCCCUUUUUAAAAAAAAAAAAAGUUUUUUCUUUGUUUAUAGAACUGGACUUACAUCAUAAUAGGUACAGUUUAAAUUAAAAUGCGAGAUCAUGUUGCAUGUCGAGAAUUUUGAGUGUUUCUUAGUUUCCAUUUAGGAUUAGAUGGCUGUCAUUAUUUAGUUCAGCUUUAACAGUGUUCUUAUGUCUUGUAGCAUCCUUUUGGUUAGUUUAAAACAUGAUUUCCCUGUGUAUCUCAUAUUAUCUUGCUGUUGUGUUAGGUCAUCUUUAAAUGGAGAUCUCUAGCAACACAAGAAGGAGCUGUGUACUUGUGCUAUUAAUUAUAGUGCAAUUUUCUUGUAGCCAUUAUGCUCUCACACUCGACAUACAAUGUACUGAAUGCGCCUAUUUAUUUUUUCUUGUUGCAAUAUUAAGACACAGUAGCUCUGCUAAAGUGAUCGAGUAAGGCUUGCUUUUUAUCUGCCUUGAAUUCAUCAUAUUGAUGAUAAAGUUAUUAUUACUUGAUGGUGUUUGCUAGUUAGAAAUCUUUGCCAAGUAUUGAAAACUCAUUAUUGUUUGCUUUUUCAGUGAAUUGGGGCACUGGAGCAUUACCACUGUCCUACGAAAUUGUUUGUUUAGUUAGUUAGUUAGUUAGUUAGUAAAUUUAUAUACCGCCCGACUAGCAUAGUUCUCUGGGCGGUGAACAACAAAUUAAUACAAAAUACAAUAAAAUCCAAUAAAACGAACCACAAAGUACAGAGAAUGGGAGAUCUAAAAACAAUUACAAUACAAUUUAAAACAGAAUUAAGUUAGAUUAAAAGCCCUGGAAAAGAGGAAGGUUUUAACCUGGCGCCGAAAAGACAGCAGCAUCGGCGCCAGGCGUACCUCAUCGGGGAGACUGUUCCACAGUUCAGGGGCCACCACCGAAAAGGCCCUAGUUCUUGUAACCACCCUCCGAGCCUCCCUGUGGGAUGGAGCUCGGAGGAGGGCCUUCGAUGAAGAGCGCAGUGUACGGGCAGGUUCAUAUUGGGAGAGGCGUUCCAACAGGUAUUGUGGUCCCGCGCCGUAUAAGGCUUUAUAGGUCAAAACCAGCACUUUGAAUUUAGCCCGGAAGCAAAUUGGAAGCCAGUGCAAGCGGGCCAGAACAGGUGUUAUGUGUUUACUUCAAGGUUUGCAUAUGCACUUCUGCCUCUCUCUGCUGUUUAGACAGGACAAUAUUGUUCUGUUCCCAAUGUUGCUCUUAAUCAAUGUUCAGUACAAUAUUAACAUUUCUUCAUAGCUAAGUAACCUUUAUGUCACAUGAAUAUAACAUACCAGAUGUUUUCUUAUUUAUGCUAUAAAUCUCGCUUGUAGAGGAGUUCUGAAAACUGGAAU